CACCCCCCCCCCCCCCCCAACAAUCGUGUCAAGACAGAAUGUGGGUGUGCUGCAUUUGUGUAGAUAUUAAGGAAUUAGCACGCACAAUGCAGUGGUCAAACAAGAAAAGCAAACAUUUAUCAUUCUUACAAAAAAAAACAACAACAAAAAAACACACACCCCUAAACUAAUCAGAUUACCGUAAUUUCCGCCCUAUUCAGGCGCACCUAAAAACCUAAAUUUUUACCAAAAGUCGACAGUGCGCCUUAUAGUCCGGUGCGCCUUAUAUAUGGAUCAAUUGAUGAAUUUGUUGACCCAUACUGGUUGUACACAGUGCUCUGCCAAAAUGUUUUAGUACGUUUUAGUACGACUAGUAAAUUACAAGGUCGCAUCGCUUCCCAACAUUACGGUAACUGUAGUCAGGGGGCGUCACCGAAUAGCUGUUCUACCCGCGAGGCUAUUUCAUUUCAAAAUAGGCUGCUCCGUUAAUGUUUCGAGUAAAUCUACGGAUCGAUAUGGAAGGGAAACAUAGGUAAGUAGUACCAAUGCGUUAGAUCGAACUUAAGUCAGUUCUGAUCAUUUUAUAGGAGAUCGUUUGAGAAAGGCAAUUGUUUACAAUUUGCUGAGGCUCAUGGGAGAUUGCGAGCUGAGGCUCAUGGGAAAGUGCGGAUGGCUAAUGCUAUAACGAUAGCUGCUAUACGCGCGAGGCUAUUUCAUGUCAAAAUAGGCUGCUCUGUUCAUGUUUCGACUAAAUCUACGGAUCGAUAUGGAAGGGAAACAUAGCUCAGCUGUGGAGGUGGUCAGCAGCACUAUUCUUGGGGGUCCAUAUCACAGACGACCUCACCUGGACUGUGAACACCACGACACUGGUCAAGAGGGUACAGAAGCGCUUGUACUGAGGAGAGCCCACCUGCCCCCACCCACCAUGAGGACGGAUCAUCGGGGCUCCUCUUCCCUCCAUUCAGGACUUGUCAUCCCAGCGCUGCGUGUCCCGAGCCCGAAAUAUUAUCAGUGAUCCAUCAUCCCCCCCCCCCCACACACACACACACACACUGGACUGUUCUCCCUGCUGCCCUCUGGGAAGAGGUUUCGCAGCAUCCGCUGCAGGUCCACCAGGUUCUGCAAUAGUUUUUUUCCCUGCUGUCGUCACACUGUUGACCAUUCAACUUAGCAUUCCUCUGCACACUUUGUAAAUACUGUUUACAUACUUUAUCACUGCUGCACUUUAUACUUAUCUUUUUUCAUAUUUUUAUAUAGAAUGUCACUUUUUAUUCAGCCGCAAUAUCACCACAUUGUUGGAAGCCGUAUGCAACGUCAUUUCGUUUUGUGUGCACCCAGUGUUUACAAAAUGACAAUAAAGUUUGUCUAAGUCUAUUGAUCCUACCACUUUGGCACAGUUCAAGUUGUGGUGUGGUCAUUUUUCACAACAUUAACACGUUUCAGUGGCGUAGAUACCGGAAAAUGGAUAGAUAGAUAGAUAGAUAGAUAGAUAGAUAGAUAGAUAGAUAGAUAGAUAGAUAGAUAGAUAGAUAGAUAGAUAGAUAGAUAGAUAGAUAGAUAGAUAGAUAGAUAGAUAGAUAGAUAGAUAGAUAGAUAAAAAAAAAAGCUGAGUGAUUUAUGGUUUUGAACUGUUGCUGGUAGCUCAGGCCAAUCAAGUCGAUCGCGGGGUGGGUGCAUUUGCACUGUGGAGGGGUUGCGGGAGGCAUGACGUCACCCGCAACAAGUUUUGAAUAUGAAUGAAAUUUCUUCCAUUUUCUUGACGAGUUUGUUUCCUUUUUGAAGACCCUUAGAUUUAUAAAACACAAAUUGCAUUCAUCUUGUCGUGAUAACUGGCAGUUAGUUGCACGUUACGUGAAAAGCUCUAGCUCAUUUUAUUUUAAUUCUAGUUUGAUUGUAUUUUUAUGACCUUUUCUUUAAUUGCUUUUUAUUUGCUAUUGCAUAAUGGUUACUGUGCCUAUUUCAUGAUGGUCGAAGCCAUUUUUGUCAUGUACGGAAUUUUUGAUACGGACCUUCAAUUUUAAAAAAUAACAUAAGUUUUGAAAGUGAAACGUUUCCUCAUAAUUAUAAAGUUUGGAACUUGAAACCAAAUUUCUUCUAUUUUCAUGAAGAGUUUGUUUCCCUUUUGAAGACCCUUGGAUUUAUAAAACCAAUUGUAUUUUCGGUGUAACUGGCAGUUAGUUGCAUGUUACGUGAAAAGCACUUGCAUGCUUUAUUUUUAAUUCUAUAUUGGUUGCAGUUUCAUGAUCUGUUUUGUUUUUCGGUUGGUAUUGUAUAAUGGUUACUGUUUGUAUUUCAUUACGGUCGAAGCCAUUCUUGUCACGUACUGUACUGUGGUCUUUGUGUGUGUCAACAAUCGUCGUCAUUGUGAUUUUUUUUUUUUUUUUUAGUUAUUUCUUAAUUAGGUUGGAUGUCUUUUUGGUCGCGACGAUUUCUACUACUGCCACUAAAGGCACCACCGGGAUAAGGGGCACUCGAAUGUCGAGGAGACGGCUGUGUAUCUGUUCAGUGGAUUUGGAAAAGAAUCAGAAAGACUUCUGAAAGGACAAAAAGUGCCGCUCGUCGUGACUCGGAACCGCAACCGUUAUGACAUUGUGUAAAGACUUAAAGGAGACUAGCAGGUAGCUGUAUGGCGUAAGACAAAGGAGGUUAUAUAAGGUUACGCGGCCGCCUUUGCGUACGUGUAUCACGCACGCACGCACUCGUCAUAAAGUUCCCAAAUGCAGCCAAUGAACGAGCAACAAAUGUGCAAACUUUCGAAGCGCCAUUGAAGAUGACGGCGAUUGAGAGCUUUAUAGGAAGCUCGCUCGCUCGCUGAGUUUAUUUCGGCUCGUUCUGUUCAGUGGAUUCGCCUGCUCGCAUCUCUUCACGCAGCUUCCAGCUCCAGCACCAGCACCAGCAGGUCCGAACGCUCCCUCUCUUCCUAGUCAUCCUCGAAAGAAGAUGAACUUCUCCAAGCUGCUGUGCUUGGUGCUCUUGUACAGCGAGCAAUUUGGGCAAGUGCUGGCGGCGGAGACACCAGUAUGCAACGGCAACUCUGAUGGCAGCACAACUGUGCAGUGCAGGGGCAAGAAGGGCGGAGCGGUCCAAUUGAAAGUCACAGGCACCGUUCCUGGCGAUAAGCCGGGUGUCGACUGGCAUAAGGGUGAUGAAGCUACCAAACUUAAUAGUGACAACACUAAGUACAAGAUUACUGGUAGCAAGAACAUCGAACUGGAGAUCCUGAACCUGGCAGAAACCGAUGAGGGAAAGUACGAGGCCAAAGAGAUCCCACAACCCGAAAAGUUCGAGGUCCAAGUGGUGGACUGCUUGGGUAAAACAAGCGAACCCGCCCUGUGCCAGGGCAAGCCGGGUGGCAGCAUCGAAUUGGGGCUCUCAGACGGAACUGUCAGCCCACUCGCCUGGAAGAAGGGCACGGUCAAGAUUACGAUCAAUGCUACCAAGUACGACGGUCCAGUCACCGAGGCUAUCCUGAAGAUCCUGAACCUGAACGACGAAGACGAGGCAGAUUUCACGGGCGGCACCAACGGCGAUGGAGAAAAGUUUUCCGUCCAAGUGGCCGACUGCUUUGGCGCCACGGGAACCGUGCAGUGCCCCGGCAAGCUGGGAGAAAAACUCAAAUUGAGAAUCUCAGGAUCAGUUACUGGUGCUGAUAAAGUCAUCUGGACGAAAGAGGGCGGCGAGCUCCCCAGCAGCAGCAAGAAAGUAGGAGACAAAAACGAAGGUCUGAAACUCAAGGACCUGAAAGCAGCCGACGCGGGAACCUACAAGGCCACCUACGACACCAGCAACACUGUGCUCUUUGUUGUCAGCGUUCCGGGUGAGUUUGAUGUUGCAAGACAAUCCACUCACUGCUACGAGAGCCGAAAAGCUUUGAUUGACCCGAAAACAUUUUGCAUUUCAUUGGCAGUGGAAACCAACCAAUAAGCAAGCCCUUUCAGCAGCACGUUUUGUUUUACAAACCGCACUCGCAGUACUGCGCGCCAAAGUGUGCGGCAAGUUCAAACGUUGCCACCUGACCUUUUCCAAUUGCCAUUCUCCCAUUCAGAU